CUUUGCUCCAUCAAUGGCGGUUCUUGACCAUCAAAAUCACCAAACCGCCUAGGACAAAACAAGACCAAACCCUUGAAUUCCUAAUUUCACGCCUCCCAUCCCAAUUCACUCUCCGCCGGAAAAUGUUGAAGCUUCUCUCAUCAUCUUCCUCUUCAUGCCUUCAGAGCCGGAUCCACAGUCUCGCUCCGACGGGUCCCCGAACCGGGUCCGGCGACUCGACGGCGACGUUUCUCCGAGUCCUGAGCUCGCUCACUGCUUUGUCUCGGAGAGGCUCUAAUAGGAGUUCCCGCGCGUUUUUCUGCUCCGACGCGAAGGAUGGCUCCGAGCCGGCGUCAGACGCCGAGGUCAAGGAGGCCGAGUCGGGGAACGAGUCGAAACCGUCCUCGGUAAUCGUGUCCACGAACCCUAGACCCGAAGAUUAUCUAACGGUUUUAGCAUUGCCCUUACCGCAUAGACCGCUAUUUCCAGGAUUCUACAUGCCGAUCUAUGUCAAGGAUCCUAAGCUUUUGGCAGCUUUACAGGAAAACCGUAAACGGCAAGCUCCAUAUGCUGGUGCUUUCCUUCUCAAGGAUGAGCCGGGGACUGAUCCUAGUUUGGUAUCUGGUUCUGAGUCUGAGAAAAACAUCUAUGCCAUGAAAGGAAAAGAGCUGUUUAAUCGUCUUCACGAAGUUGGCACUCUUGCGCAGAUCUCAAGUAUCCAAGGAGACCAGGUCAUCCUCAUCGGACACAGGCGUCUUCGAAUUACAGAGAUGGUUAGCGAGGAGCCACUUACUGUAAAAGUUGAUCAUCUCAAGGACAAACCAUAUAACAAGGAUGAUGAUGUAAUUAAGGCAACUUCAUUUGAGGUCAUAUCAACCUUAAGGGAUGUUCUGAAGACUAGUUCCCUUUGGAGAGACCAUGUCCAAACGUACACUCAG